GUUCGCGCCUCGUGAUCACAUCGCAACGACUGCUCCAAAGGUGAUGCGCAUCAUCGCUUUCAUCCACCUAUCCUUCAGACCCUCGCCUCGCACGAACGCAUACAAUUUAAAUUCGUUCUUGCCAUUUGCAGUGCCACACAAGAGCUGCGUCUCCGAUAAACUAGCGAGUCCCAGUCCAGGGAAGGCAGUCUCUCUCGUAUCUAAGGACCCCCACGCUUCAUCUCGCAUACGACAGGGCAAGCUUGCAGACCUCGCUGGCCCGGACAAGGCUCAUUCGACGGAUCGGCUGGCUUGAGGCAUCCUCUGCAACAUCACAAGUCCACCUUGCAAGCGCUUCGAUCUAGCGGACGCGUCAUCCCAGGCCUGGAUCACUAGCGCAUCCCGCCAUCGCAUAUCUUCCUCCUCUCCUCGCCACUGCCCUUCUGCGCUCAAAGAUCAACAAGGAUGUCCUACUUUCUUCCACACCUGCCAUCAGGCUGGCACGUGGAUCAAGCCAUCGUGCAAGAAGAGGAAAGAGUAGUGGUGAUCAGAUUUGGAACGGAUUCGGAUGCUACUUGCAUGGCCAUGGAUGAGAUCUUGUACCAGUGCUCCGAGAGGGUAAAAAAUUUCGCAGUGAUUUACCUGGUGGAUAUCACCCAGGUGCCUGAUUUUAACAAAAUGUACGAGCUGUACGAUCCUUGUUCCGUGCUGUUCUUCUUUAGGAACAAACACAUCAUGAUCGAUCUGGGAACUGGAAACAACAACAAGAUCAAUUGGGCACUGGAAGAGAAGCAGGAGUUCUUGGAUCUGUGCGAAGUGGUGUACAGAGGUGCUAGCAAGGGGCGAGGUCUGGUCGUCAGCCCUCGAGACUAUUCUACCCGGUUGAAGUACUGAGUGAUGCAUUGCUGGAGGGAAUCCUUGUUGGCGUCCAAGGCGUAGGCUUCGACUUUGUGAGAUGUAGUCUUUAAGCAUUCCAGGCUCAGGAAACGGAGAAGGACGACCAAGUCAGACCCACUCUCAACGGCGGCUUCGUAGCCUUCCAAGAAGUCGGAGCGGCAUCUCGUAGAGACGACAGCGUCGCCUCCAGAGCUCACUUGUCAUUCGCUUGGACCUUGCCUAGUAGAGCUGAUUCGCGGUGUAUCGACGCCCGCUGACAAUUGCUCAGCAGAACACAAGCCUGCUGCAGUCCCAACACGUAAUAUGUUUCUUGCUGUAUCACGAGCUCCUACCACGUCACCCGUUCUCAUCAUAUAUCUUUGCGUUGGUCUGUGUGUCAGCGGGCCUCCACUGUAUAGUGGAUUCCACUAGAAAGACUGGAGCUAUAGCCAAUCGAAUCCUGUGAAUGCUGG